AAUAACCAGACAUAAUAAAAGAAAAGAAAUGGAAACAGUAAUCUACAAGAAAAAAAAGUUCAUAAGUCUCUUUAUUCUAUUGGUACAUGAUUGAAUCCAAAUACCAUAUUUGGAAGUUGAAGGCUUGACCGAACCCAUUCCUCCUCCUUCUUCCCUGUUUCUUCAAGCAAUUUCACAAACCCAUUUCUCUUUCAAACCUUGGCCUUCUCUCUCUGAGCUGUCUAUUUCUAUCUCUUAAAAGCUGUCUUUUUCUCUUCCACCUGAAAGCCCACCAAAUUUCUCUGCUUUUUUAAGAAAACUCAUUCAACAACUAGUACCCUUUCAUCUACUACUGACUUCUAACCUCUCUCUAAUUAAGUAAGAGUCCUUUCUUCUCUUUUUCUUAGGGGCUUACUAUUUUGCAACACCCUUUCUGGGUUUUCGCUUGGGUUUCCUUUGUGUUAAUACUUUUUUCUUGAAAUUCAAGAUUUGUAAAAUCAGGAUAGAGAGGGAACAGUGAUGAAGGAUUGGAGGUGGGCUUUUCUUGGGCUUGUCUGUUUUGGUCUUGUGCUAAGGAUUGGGGCUGUCGAAAGAGGCAGGGGUCAACCAACUGAGCGAAUUUCAGGUAGUGCCGGAGAUGUCUUGGAAGAUGAUCCAGUGGGAAGGCUAAAAGUUUUUGUUUACGAGCUUCCAAGCAAAUACAACAAGAAGAUUCUUCAGAAGGAUCCCAGAUGCCUCACCCACAUGUUCGCCGCCGAGAUCUUCAUGCAUCGGUUCCUUUUAUCUAGCCCUGUACGAACCCUCAAUCCGGCAGAAGCUGACUGGUUCUAUACCCCUGUGUACAGCACUUGCGAUCUCACACCAAAUGGCCUCCCUUUACCCUUCAAAUCACCACGAAUGAUGAGGAGUGCAAUACAGCUUAUUUCUUCUAACUGGCCUUAUUGGAAUAGGACAGAAGGGGCUGAUCACUUUUUCAUAGUGCCACAUGAUUUUGGGGCAUGCUUUCACUACCUUGAAGAAAAAGCUAUUGAAAGAAGAAUACUUACAUUGCUCCAGCGCGCUACCUUGGUUCAAACUUUUGGUCAAAAGAAUCAUGUUUGCUUAAAAGACGGCUCAAUCACAAUUCCCCCGUAUGCUCCUCCUCAGAAAAUGGAAGCCCAUUUGAUCCCCCCGCAUAUUCCUCGCUCCAUUUUUGUGUAUUUCCGAGGCUUGUUCUAUGAUGUAGGGAAUGACCCAGAAGGUGGUUAUUAUGCAAGAGGUGCGCGAGCGGCAGUGUGGGAGAACUUCAAAGACAAUCCUCUUUUUGACAUCUCCACAGAGCACCCCACAACAUACUACGAGGACAUGCAACGAGCAAUUUUCUGCCUGUGCCCGCUUGGGUGGGCGCCAUGGAGUCCAAGGCUUGUCGAAGCAGUAAUAUUCGGGUGUAUCCCUGUCAUCAUCGCGGACGACAUUGUUCUCCCUUUUGCCGAUGCAAUCCCAUGGGAAGAUAUAGGGGUGUUUGUGGAUGAGAAAGAUGUUCCGAAUUUAGACACUAUUCUCACUUCUAUUCCACCUGAGGUAAUAUUAAGGAAGCAAAGAUUGCUUGCCAACCCUUCAAUGAAACAGGCAAUGUUGUUCCCACAACCGGCUCAAUCUGGGGAUGCUUUCCACCAAAUUUUGAAUGGACUCGCUCGUAAAUUGCCACAUGACAAGAGCGUUUACUUGAAGGCGGGCGAGAAGGUCUUGAACUGGACCGCAGGCCCUGUGGCUGACCUGAAACCUUGGUAGGGGGUUGUAGGUUUGAAAUUGAUGAGUUGUUCUUAGUCUUGCCUUCAUUAUUGUUUGUAAAAAAUUUACCAACUGAAAAAAUGUAUUGGAUUUUGUAUCGGAUAAGUUGUUCUUUCAGAUGAUGAUUUUCUCAAAA